AUGUCACGACUUCUUCUACGAGCCAAUACGGUAUCUCACCGUUUCCGUGAGUUUAUUUGGGCAUGGGAUGGCAAGGGUGUCAGAUGUCAAGCUAAGAACACUAAGCAUGGUGCCACGUCUUCCGUUUUUGGGAUGUCGAAGUCUUUUUCGUCCUUUGUUGCUUCUUUAAGUUUUAAUCAUGCGUACAUUGAAAAGAGAAAUGCAAAUCGCUGUGGGAAAACGACAGGAGAAGGAAUGAAAAGGGGGUGGGAGUCGUUUUCAAGUAAAAUGUUCAAUGAUGGUAUUGGUGGAUUUAUUGCUGGUGUCGGGAAAGAGGUAGUUGGUGCAAUUGAUUUAUUUGGUAAGACUUCCGAAGGCAAAGGGUCGAGUACCAACACAAAAAGAUUCUGA